AUGCAUCUGAGUUUCGUGGACGCCGUCUCGGCACGGGACGCAUUCUUCUCCUGCCGCGGAGAUGAUGGCGGCCUGAUCAUCACUUCGCACGAUAGCUGCAAUACCGAGGGUGAACGUGCGGUCUAUAGUGUGAACGACGUCUCCUUCAGUGAAGACGGCAAGUCGCUCGACCUCUCAGUCACCGAAGCCUCAUGGCAAGACGCAUUCGACAAGUUCGACAUCUCCUUCGGUCACAGUACCGAAGAUCACCUGUUCCGCCGCCACUCCGACUUUGCAAAGAUCAGAAAGCGACAAGACAGAUUCAGAGUCGCCAUUCCCGAAGAUACACCAGACAACGUCAACACGGGCACUUUUGACCUCAAGUCAGAGCUCAUCGACUUUCCUUUCCCAUUCGAGAGCUUCCUCGCUGGUCUGGGAAACAUCAGCCCGGUCCCCAUCCCUCAACUUCCCAUUGAGAUUGGUUGCAAGAACUGCUCGACACGCGGACAAAUCAUUCUCUCGCAAGGUGCUAUCCAGAUUGAUGCAAGUCAGAUCGACCUUAUCCCAGACUUCCUGGAAGGUGGUGAUGACGGAAAGGAAAUUUCCAACCUCAUUACUGGUGGUUUCGUUGAACUAGCAGCCGUAGGUGUCGGAGCACGCGUCGAGCUGUUCGCUCGACCGAAAGCAUCAGGAGCUUUUGAGAUUGCUCUAUUCGCGCUGCCCGUGCUGGGUUUCGUCAUCCCUGGUAUCGGAAAGGCGGGUGCUGUCUUCGAGCCGAGACUUGCUGCAGACUUCAGCAUCGGUGGUGGGUUCGAAAUCACCUAUGGUGUCGAUAUUGCUAUUCCCGACAACUCUGUUGCCCGCCUCGAGCUCACCGAUCUUGGUAGCAGUGGCGUUACUGGCUUCCAGGAUACCACGCUCACCGCACUUCCUUUCAAUGUAGAUAUUGCGGAUAUUGACAUCCAGCUUGGUCUUGCCUUCGUGCCCACGAUUCCAGUUGGCUUUGAAUUCUUCAACACACUGACAGCCGAAGUCACCUUGUCGAUGAAUCUUCCUCGUCUGGACGCUAAGCUCUCCACCAACGCGGCUGCCAACUGUGGAGGUAGGAGUAACAGCACACUGCCCGAUCAGCUGUCUCCUAACAUCCCAACACCCGACACAGGAGAUAUCAUCGCUCUCGGACCUCUCGCCCUCGUGGAAGCAAAUGUCACCAUUACCAUUGACGCAGGCUUCACUUUGGAGAUUCCCCUCCUCCCACCACCUUUCAGGGACGUAAACCUCAACGCCAACCUCUUCACGCAAGUAUUCCCGCUCGUUACAGAAUGCGUCGAUGCGACGAAGCCCCCUAAGCCGACAGUACCAAGACUCGGCGCAAACCACACGGCACCAGUAAACACCAUGUCCCUCGGCACCAACAAUACUGUCUACGUUAGUCCGAUGAGACCCACGGCAAUGUUGCAGUGGAAUGCGACCAAGACAGCUAUGAUGCCUGGCCACCCAAUGGCACCAACCCACGUCGUGGCAUCCAGCCCCAUCAUGGCUCCAAGUCACGCUGCAGUACCCAGCCAAGCCGCAGCAUCCAGCCACGUCCUCGCGGCACCCUACUACCCUGUGGUAACAGGCCCACCCGCAGCCCCAUACCCGAUACCCCAAGACUCUCCUAAGCACAAUUCCUCGGCGCUACUCGCACAUGUGUCGUCAGAGCCUUGCUCCAACACAUCCAUGGCAGUUGGAACAGCGUCAGCACCGUUCGCGCUCUCGCCGACAUCGACGGUGGUCAUAUCAACUGGGGUCAUCAACCGUAGUAGUGGAGCUGCGCUUGAACAGAAUGCAGCUCCGGUGUUCACUGGUGCUGCUAUGCGCGGCGUUGAAGCAUCGGUGCGGUGGGGGUGGCAGAUUUGCGUGAUUGGGUUUGGCGUGGGUGUUGGUGCUGUGAUGCUGUGA